CUCUCUGUGUGUGUGUGUGUGUGUUAAUUUUGAAAGCAAAAUAGAACAAAAACAAAAACCGCAGUUUGGGAACGAGAUUGGGAAGAAGGCGCCUGUCCUUUGUAGAGGAGCGCAAGGUACUCACAGACACAUGAUGCGAUGCAAGAAAUCCAUCCGCCGCCGGCGGCGGGAAAGAACCAAUAAAGCGGUGAGUUUGGAGCGCUAGAGCUUCCCAAAGAUGUGGCCGCCCGCGAGGCAAGGUCCUGAAGGAGCGGCGGAGGGCGCCUGUUGGAGUGACUGACAGACGCACAGAGACAGCCUCCUCAGCUUCUUCCCCCUCUCAUUCGUCCACCCGCCUGUCUGUCUGUCUGUCUGUGUGUCUGUCCCCACCUGACGGGGGCUCCUGACUUCUCCUCGCCUCACUUGAAGCUCAGCGUCCGAGGGAGGCGCACGCCCGCCUGGAGCCAUGGACAGCUCCUGGGAAGAGCGCGGGAACACCACGGUCCCCUCGGGCGGCGGGAGCGAGAGCCCCGUCCCCAGCCCGGCUGCUGCAUCGUGGGCGCCCACGGCCGACUUCGCGCCCAGAGAAGACAGCGGCUCUCCGUCUUUCUGGAACACCCCGUUGAACCAGGCUCUGAGCGUCUUCGUGGCCCUGGCUCUGUUCGUGGCCAUGCUGGGCUUGGGCUGCACGGUGGAGCUGAGCCAGCUGGGCGCGCAGCUGAGGCGGCCCCUGGGCUUGCUGCUGGCGCUGCUGUGCCAGUUCGGGCUCAUGCCCUUCGUGGCUUUCCUGAUGGCGCUCAUCUUCGCCCUCGACGAGGUGGCCGCCGUCACCGUCCUGCUGUGCGGAUGCUGCCCCGGGGGGAACCUCUCCAACAUCAUGUCGCUCCUGGUCAACGGGGACAUGAACCUCAGUAUAAUCAUGACCACAUCGUCUACAUUGCUUGCUCUGGUCUUGAUGCCUCUUUGCCUGUGGAUCUACAGCCGAGCCUGGAUCAACACCCCGUUAGUGCGCCUGUUGCCCCUGGGCGCCGUCACCAUGACCUUAUGCAGCACUCUGCUCCCCAUCGGCAUUGGGGUCUUCAUCCGAUACAGAUUCACCAGGGUGGCAGACAUCCUGCUGAAGGUUUCAUUGUGGUCCCUCCUGGUAUCCUUGGUGAUCCUUUUCAUUCUAACCGGUACCAUGUUGGGACCUGAUCUGCUGGCUACUAUCCCCGCUACUGUCUAUGUAGUAGCUGUGCUGAUGCCCUUGGCUGGCUAUGGCUGUGGUUAUGGCAUAGCAACCUUAUUUCGCUUGCCGCCUCACUGCAAGAGGACAGUGUCACUGGAGACUGGCUGCCAAAACGUACAGCUCUGCACUGCUAUACUCAAACUGACCUUCCCUCCAGAGCUUAUUGGGAGCAUGUACAUGUUCCCCUUGCUCUACGCUCUCUUCCAGGCUGCCGAAGCUGGUCUGUUUGUAUUGGCCUAUAAGGUGUACGGCAAGGAUUCCUACAAACAAGAGCCUCUAGUAGGGGAAGAAGAAGAAGAUACGAACAUUUCCUACAAAAAACUGAAGGAAGAGGAAAUGCCAGAUACUUCCUAUGGCACUGUGACUGCCGAGGGCCAUGCCUCAGUGCUCAUGGAACCGAUGCAGACUGCCCUCUAGAGGAAGGGAGGACCUGAACUGGACGUCCUGUUGUGGGAUAAUGUAGCAAACUGUUCAGUCAAAGCGGGAGGCAGGGAGAAGAUGGUGGCACAAAGCAGUUGCUGUAAUCUUGAUUUCCUCAGCAUAUAUGGUUUGUAAAAACGCCAGUAUUUUUCUCCAUGAAUAGCAAGUCGCCGGUGACCACCACCUCAGCUACCAUCACCAAUCAUUAAUAUGAGCCAUCACAAUAAAGUAUACUGAAAUGCAAGCAGGCAGGAAGACUGCAUGCUGAAGAGAGGGGUUUUACAAGGCAAUUUUAAAGACUAGUAUGAGAGGGAGGGAGGAGAAGAACAGGGGGAUUAAUGCUGAUAGUAUUUGUUCUUGUGUAAGUAAGUGUCACCAACAUUUGCUGUUUAAAAGCUUUGUAUCUGUUUUACAUUAUUCAGCUUCUGUAUACGUGGAAAGCUUGAACUCAUGUUGUAUAUUUACCACAGUGAUUAAAUUUCUUCUGAAGAAACCAAGCCAUUAAGAGGACUUAUGAGACACUGUCUGCUUCAUCUAGUUGAUAUCAAAGCUGUCCCUCUUUUCACAGACAGAAGAGGAACAAGAUCUCCCUCCCACAGCGGUAGUCAAGAGAAACUCUCUUCCGAAUGAGUGGGGGCCUUUUUAAAAACUGAAUGCUUCUUAACUCUUCAGGGUAGAUACCUCAGAGCAAAAAUCUGGCAAUCUGGCAAGGAGCUGGACCCGUAACCAUUCUCUAAGAUGCCAAAUAAGGGUAUUUCUUAGCCCUUUAACCAGAGAAGCAGGGAACUGAAUUAUGUUCUGUUUGCAUGCAAAGCAUACAUCACUGAAUACAGUAUGUGGCCUCCAAUUUCUGUAGGUCAUGUGGACUUGCUUGGGAAUCAAAGCUAGGAUUUCAAUGGUUCACCAAGGUUGUAAUCCCAAACAUAUUUACCAGAAAGUAAGUCCUACUGAAUUUAAUGGGAUUUACUUAAUUAACUAUGUUUAGUAUUAGACUAAAUAGCAACAUAAUAUGUGUAUAUUGUAAAAUAUUACUAAAGUCUGAAAUGCCAUAUCAUUAAAGUUUGUGGGACCACUUCAGAGGUAACAAAGGUAAAAUAAAUUGCAUGUGGGAUGUGGCCUAGCUGUGAAAUUAAGAAAUAAUAUACAUAUAGCACAAUCCAGUACAUGCCUAUUCAGAAAUAAGCCCAUUGAGUUUCAGUCAGUUUACUCCCAGAUAAAUGAAUACAGGAUUGCAGUCUUGAAUGGUUUGAAGGGCCCUGAUUUCAAGGUGACUUUUUCCCGUUUAGAGGCGGACCUUUAGUACAUUUACUGAGAAGUAAAUUAUGCUGAGUUCAGGGGUUCUUACUUCCAUGUAAAUGGGCCUAGGAUUACAGCCUUAUUAAGUUUACUGUCCCCUUUCAAUGUAUAUUUGUAGGCCAUAUGGGAAUUUUAAUGCACAGCGCUUAAUCAGUUCUACUACUUUCUAUUAUUAUUUGUAUAUGACAUCAGAAAACCGGUUAACAGCCGAGUCCUCUGCAUGUUUACUCGGGAGAAAACCCUACAGCGUUCAGUGGUGUUCAUUCCGCAGUGAGGCUGCAAUCCUGCGGACACUCGCAGGAAGAACGCGCAGUUAAAUUGAGGGGUAUUUUGUUGCAGAGUUAACCACCUGCUGCUGCAACAGAGCGGGCCGCGCGCGUGCAUGCAUGCUUCCUCCAAGGAAAGCCCCCGACGUUAAUUGGGGCUUGCUCCGAAGUAAGCGCGC